AUGACCGUUCACCUGGCAGUGCCCGACGACUUCUCGAGAGGAGUCAUCCACGGAAUAGGAUUCAACACCUCACUGCAAAGGAUUAAGCAGGGGAUAGCAGAACAUGAGAAUCCCAAGGUACUAGAGGUCAUACGACUAGGACAAAACAAGGCCAUCAUUCUCGCAUUCACCACCAAGGAGGUACCGAGGAAAAUCAAAUGCCUAGGCGCCAUCCUGAACUGUUACUUGUACAAGAAAAAGUACGACGUAUGCUGUAAGUGCGGAGACCUGGGACACCGAUCCGACGUGUGCGAGAGCAAGGAGAAGUGCAGGGGAUGCGGCAUCCCCAACCCAACCGAGGAACACGACUGCAACCUGCAAGCUCUCCAGCAACAGGAGGAGGAGAAACUACCAGAACGUCGCAGCAGGCAGGACGAAAGCAAGGAGCGCACCACGAGCAAGAAGCGACUCCGGUCCACAUCCUUUCCGAGGAUACUGCAGCAGGCCACCACCACCCCGCCCAAGAGGCAAGGGGCACAACCCACCAAAAAGGUGGUGAAGGGCAGGCGUCUGCUAAUUAGGCAGGCUGUAAGCCCAGUCAGUCGUCCUCGCCAGUUGGUUGCCAAACCCGGCCAACCCGGUAGCGACCAUGACAACCCUGACGAAACUGAAAGUGCAGAGGACAAUGUUCUGCGUGCUGGUGGAAACCUAGGAACGUUGUUGCAUGCUGAUACCCAAGCACUAGCUGCUGCCUGUCCAGAACAAGAGCAACAGAUCGUUCAGCAGCAAGGGCACACACCACAGCAGGUAGCGUCUGUUCACACAGCUGCAGUGGAUGCCCUGAGUGAAACAGCACAAAUGGAGACACCAGGUCACACCAAAGCAAAUGUAGAAGCUACAAGCACAGUAGAACUGCAUAACAGCAAACUGCAGCAGUCGACAUCCGAACGGCUUGGUAUUGUCCCUGCUACAUACGAGGUAGUGGUUGAAAGCACUGAAGAGGUACAGGCAGCCCCAGAGUUUUAUUUUGAGACAUAUUAUGACGUAGAGAAUCUCCAUACUGUUGAGCUGUCCACAGUGUCACCACUUUCAGAGCCUGAACAAGCAACAGUACCAAUGGACGUUUCAUCUGAGUGUGCGCAAAGAAUUUUGCAUGAACACCGCUACUUUUCUUGCAGUGAGAAAAAUGUUGAUGCAGGAACCCAAACAUCUUUUUACAGUACAGUUUCAUUACUGCCUAGUCAGUACCAGUUUUACACUGGAUUGAGCUAUUGCACCUUCUGUGAAUUGGUCAAACUUGUGGAGAGUAAGGUCAGCACUCAAUUCAAAUUAAGCAUUAGUGAUGCUGUUCUGCUAACUUUGAUGCGGCUUAGGCUGGGUGUGCUCUAUGCUGAUUUGGCGUUUCGGUUUGCUAUAUCGGUAUCUCUUGUUGGUAACAUUUUUCGCACAGUUCUUCGAGCACUAGCUGAAAUUUCCAGACGACAUUUGAUCAUCUGGCUACCUCAGGAGACCAUACAAAGGUCACUUCCAAAAACAUUCAAAGAUAGCAUGUAUAAGAGCACUAGAUGCAUAAUAGACUGCACAGAGGUGCAUAUGCAGCGCCCUAAAAAGCUGUAUGCUCGUGCCCAGACAUACAGCCAGUACAAAGGUGGAAACACUGCAAAAUUUCUAGUUGCCAUAGCACCCACAGGCUUCAUUAUGUUUGUAUCUAAAGUAUAUGGUGGGCGGGCUUCUGAUCGGUUUAUCGUGCAGGAUUCAGGAUUUUGUGACUACCUCGAAAAUUGUGAUGAAAUAAUGGCAGAUCGAGGCUUCACCUUGAAUGAGGAGAUGAAAGCAAAAUGUGUUCGCCUAAAUAUGCCCGCUUUUACACAAGGAAGGAACAGGCUUGAAGAAGUGGAGGUGACGAGGACAAGGCGAAUUGCUUCGUUAAGAAUACAUGUCGAAAGAGCAAUUAAUCGUAUUAAGACAUUUAGAAUACUAAAGCACAGUGUCCCAAUUCAUCACAAGAAACUUGUAAAUGAGAUUGUUGUAGUUUGUGCAGGACUUUGCAAUUUGAAGUCACCCCUGAUUCGCAGUGAUGUCAUAGUUCAAGAAGGUACCCCAUGAGCAAAAGUAAAUGGCCACAGGCUCGCUGAAAAACACUGAAUUUAUUCGUAAUUCCGACAUACAAACUGACAAGUGGCCAGGAAAGCUUGCAAUGUCAUGUUUGUACCGCAGUCCUCUCUUUAGAGUUAUAUGCAUAAGUGAAAAAAAUCAGCUUAAUCGCAGAAUCUGUGGUACUUCUCGGAGGAGUACCUGUGUCAGGUGCAUUACUUGCUAGCUAUGACUUAGUUGUAGGUGCAGGAUUGGUCUUGCAACACUUGCUCUAAAAGAAGGCUGUGUUAAUUUUGUGUUAUUGUGUAUGGUAAGCUUUUUUAUUUUUGAGAGUGAUUUCACUUCAAAAUCUGAGACUUGCAAUAUGUUUUUAUUAAUGUUCAUGGAGAGUCUGGUAGACUUGAGGGAGAUUUCACGUAAGCUCUGAGAUUUAUUC